GCCGCAGCCACUCCUGUGACCGCGGGGUUGCGCGCCGCCCCGAGGCCCCUGCCCACUGCCGGAAUUUCGCCUCCGGUCCCUGAGAUCCACUCCAGUCCCACGAGGCCCCCUCCCGUCACGCCACGAGGUGGGAUCUGGACGCACGCUGGGGAGGGGGCGUGGGACAGGCCCAUCGCUGGCUUGUUAACCGGCCUGUACACCGCAUAUCGGAGCCCGCCUAGACCCGGCUGGGGCAGGAGCCCCCAGGCUCCUGGGGACACUCUCGGGCCCCUUAUCAAGUGGUUGGGUGCACUGGUGACAGGUGCCUACUUAAAGGAUGGAUCCAGUGCUGUCUUCGGUCCGACUUACCGUGCGGGAAGCUGUUCAUACCCUUUCAUCUUCUGAGGAUGGUGGCCGCAUCUUCUCCACCCUGGGGUCCCUGAAGCGGUAUCUCGGUGAAACGGAGAACCCCGCCCUUCCUGGGGAGCAGGAGGAGUUUGCCAGGGUCCACUUUUCUGCCUUUCUCAGAUAUCUUGUUGGCAAGCUGAGCCCAGACUGGCUGGAGCUGCUCCCCAAUGGCCAGCUGGAGGAGCUGUGGGCUAGCUUCUUCCUGCGGGGCCCGGCCGAUCAAGCCUUCCUGGUGCUGAUGGAGGCCUUUGAGGGCGCUGCCAGCCCCAGCUUCCGUCUGAUGAAGAUGGCACAUCUGCUGGCCCGGUUCCUGAAGGAGGGCAGGAUGGCUGCUGUGAUGGAGGGGCAGUGCUGGCAGCAGACGGAGCUGGCCUUCCCCCUGCUCCAGGAGGCGCUCGUCACCAAGGUGGUGGGCUUGCCUGACCGCCUGGGCAACUGUCUGCAGCGCGAGAACCUGGCCGAGUUCUUCCCCCAGAACUACUUCUCUCUGCUUGGCGAGGAGGUCGUGCGGGCGCUGCAGGCGGUGGUGGACUCUCUCCGAGGCGGCUUGGACUGCUCCGUCUCCUUCAUGUCUCAGGUCCUCGGGAAAGCCUGUGUCCAUGGGAGGCAGAAGGAAAUCCUGGGUGUGCUGGUGCCCCGGCUGACUGUGCUCACCCAGGGCAGCUGCCUCUGGCAGCGGGUCUGCUGGCGCCUGGUUGAGUGCGUGCCUGACCGGGCCACGGAGGCUGUGCUGACAGGGCUCGUGGAGGCCACCCCCGGGCCUGAAGUCCUCUCGAGACUGUUGGGGAACCUGGUGAUGAAGAAUAAGAAGGCCCAGUUUGUGAUGACGCAGAAACUUCUGUUCCUGCAGUACAGACAUGCGACGCCUGUGCUGCAGAGCCUGCUGGGGUACCUGGCCAUGGACAGCCAGCGGCGCCUGCUCCUCGUACAGGCCCUAAAGGAGCUCCUGGACACGUGGGGCAGCAGCAGUGCUGUCCGCCACGCACCCCUGCCACAGCAGCGCUACAUCAGCAAGGCUGUCCUCAUCUGCCUGGCGCACCUGAGGGAUGCGGAGCUCCGGGACAGCCGGGAUGAGUUGCUGGCCAGCCUGAUGGCAGGAGUGAAGUGCCGCCUGGACAGCAGCCUGCCCGCUGUGCGCCGUCUGGGCAUGAUCGUGGCCGAGGUGGCCAGUGCCCGGAUCCACCCUGAAGGGCCUCCCCUGAAGUUCCAGUAUGAAGAGGAUGAACUGAGCUGCGAGAUGCUGGCGUUGGCCACCCCCUGCCCUGCAAAUGACAGCCCCUUGGAGGCGGGCCCAUCUGUUACUCCAGCUGCAGCAGAGACCCCUGACAAAGAGACCGUGGAUGGUGGAGUCCCCCAGGCACGGCUGGAGGGCUCUGACUCUGAGCUUGACAGUGAUGACGAGUUUGUCCCCUACGACAUGUCGGGGGACCGAGAGCUGAAGAACAGCAAGGCACCCAUGUACAUCCGGGACUGUGUGGAAGCCCUGACCACAUCUGAGGACUGGGAGCGCUGGGAGGCGGCCCUGCAGGCCCUUGAGGGGCUGGUCUUCAGGAGCCCGGCUGCCACGCGGGAGGUGAGUGUGGAGCUGGCCAAGGUGCUCCUGCACCUGGAGGAGAAGACGAGUGUGGUGGGAUUCGAGGGGCUGCGCCAGAGAGCCCUGGUGGCCGUCACGGUUACAGACCCAGCCCGGGUGGCGGAGUAUCUGACGUCACAGUUCUACACCGUCAACUACAGCCUCCGGCAGCGCAUGGACAUUCUGGACGUGAGUGCCCCGGGGUCCCUGUUCCACUUGUCAGGUCCAUGCUGUCCUAAUGCAGGGGACAGGCCUGGCGCAAAGCCCUGGAGGGGGGGUAGGUGUUUGCCAAAGUCUAUGUGGGUGGGACCAGAGGCUGCUCAAGUCCCUUGUCGCUGGACCAGUGUCUGUCGGAUCAAAAGGAAGGAAAUUCUGACACCUGGCUGUCCCAGGCAGGGACUGGCUGGCAGCCCCAAUGAAUUCAACGCGGUGGCUGGCUACUUCUUCUUCCCCCUCAUUCAGCGUUUUGACAGGCCUUUGGUGACCUUUGACCUUUUGGGAGAUGACCAGUUGGUUCUCGGCAGACUGGCCCACACCUUAGGGGUGCUGAUGUACCUGGCUGUGAAUACCACGGUGGCUGUGCUCAUGGGCAAGGCCCUGCUGGAGUUUGUGUGGGCCCUUCGUUUCCAUGGUGAUGCCUACGUGCGCCGGGGUCUGCUGUCCGCCGUCUCCUCUGUCCUCCUCAGCGUCCCGGCUGAACGACUGCUGACAGACCUGCCAGAUGAGCUGCUAGAAGCCCGGUCUUGGCUGGCAGAUGUGGCCGAGAAGGACCCGGAUGAGGACUGCAGGAUGCUGGCCGUGAAGGCGCUGCUGCUUCUGGAGAAACUCAAAGACAAGCUCCUUUCACUGUCUUCUCCUUAGUUCCCUGGCACCAUUCCUGCUGGAAGAGGGGAAGGCCGGCGGGCCGAGUACAAGGCCCAGGAGCCAGGCUGAUGCGUGGGCUUUGUGGUGCGGCCACUGAUGGGGUUGGCCAGCCACCCAGUGCUGAGCACGAAGCAGGAAGGCCCCUGCCCACGCCGCCGUGUACAGCCCAGUCGUCUGAGUGCUCAGACGUCUGAGUGUCCCCAGCGGACAGAGCACCCUAAACGCUGGGGCAGGGGGUCCUGAGGAGGGACAUGGGGCAGGCGGCUGGAGAGGAGGAGGGCAAGGGCGCGGCUGCUUAGAGCCUGGAUGUGCACCUGUGGGGGCCACCAAGAUGGGCAAAGCAUCGUGUCCUCAACCCCUUUCCUCACCUAAAGGCAGGUGAUGUUAAAAAACAACAAAAAAGGGAGAAUAAAAAGGAGCUACGGCGCUCAAA